AUGGCCAGCAUCGAAAGCAUCAACGAAGGAGUUGCCAUCAAUGGCGUCGUCAAGGACUCGUACCGCAAGAUCCUUACUCCCGAGGCAACUGCUUUCCUCGCUCUCCUCCAUCGAUCUUUCAACGGUACCCGCAAAGCUCUGCUCCAAAGACGAGUGAUCCGUCAACAGGAGCUCGACAAGGGCAAUUUGCCAGAUUUUCUUCCUGAAACCAAGCACAUUCGCGACAAUGACGCCUGGAAAGGUGCUCCUCCAGCUCCCGGCCUCAUCGACCGCCGGGUCGAGAUUACCGGACCAACGGAUCGGAAAAUGGUCGUCAAUGCUUUGAACAGCAACGUGUGGACUUACAUGGCUGAUUUUGAAGACGCCCAAGCCCCCACCUGGGAUAACCAGGUCUCGGGCCAAGUCAACCUCUACGACGCGAUCCGCCGACAGAUCGAUUUCAAGCAAGGAGAGAAAGAAUACAAGUUGAGGACGGAUCGUUCCGUGACUUUAAUAGCAAGACCCCGGGGCUGGCACCUGGAGGAGAAGCAUUUCACUGUCGAUGGCGAGCCAAUCUCUGGUUCGCUGUUCGACUUUGGCCUGUACUUCUUCCACAAUGGCUCUGAGCUGGUCAAGCGGGGCACUGGGCCAUACUUUUACCUCCCCAAGAUGGAGUCUCAUCUCGAGGCUAGAUUGUGGAACGAUGUCUUUAACCUAUCCCAAGACUAUAUUGGCAUGCCACGAGGCACGAUCCGCGGAACCGUCCUUAUCGAGACCAUCACUGCAGCUUUCGAAAUGGACGAGAUCAUCUACGAGCUCCGUGACCACUCGGCUGGUCUCAACUGCGGCCGAUGGGACUACAUCUUUUCAGUCAUCAAGAAAUUCCGCCAGAACCCGAACUUUGUCCUUCCAGACCGAUCUGCUGUCACGAUGACUGUGCCUUUCAUGGAUGCCUAUGUGCGACUGCUCAUCAAGACCUGCCAUCGUCGUGGCGUGCACGCUAUGGGUGGUAUGGCGGCGCAGAUCCCCAUCAAGGACAACCCGGAGGCCAACGACAAGGCCAUGGAGAACGUUCGACAGGACAAGCUUCGUGAGGUCCGGGCGGGUCACGACGGAACCUGGGUCGCUCACCCUGCUCUGGCAUCCAUUGCCUCUGAUGUGUUCAACAAGCACAUGCCCACGCCUAAUCAGCUCUUCAAGCGUCGCGAAGACGUCUACGUCACCAAGAACGACCUUCUCAACAUGAAUAUGCCUGGCACUGUGACCGAGGACGGCAUCCGCAAGAACCUCAGCAUUGGUCUCGGCUACAUGGAAGGCUGGCUUCGUGGCGUUGGCUGUGUGCCCAUCAACUACCUCAUGGAAGACGCUGCCACGGCUGAAGUCUCGCGUUCACAAUUGUGGCAGUGGGUCAAGCACGGUGUCAAGACUGCUGAGGGCAAGACUGUCGACAAGGCUUAUGCCCUUAAACUGCUGAGGGAGCAAGCAGAGGAAUUGGCGUCUAAGGCGCCCAAGGGUAACAAGUACCAGCUUGCGGCCCGAUAUUUCGAGAGCCAGGUGACUGGUGAAGAUUAUGCCGACUUCUUGACGAGUCUCCUGUACAACGAGAUCACUACUGUGGGAUCAUCACAGCCUGUGGCUAAGUUGUAA